AGGAGGCAUAUAAAUUUGCAGCAGAAAACAGACAGGAAAACUCAGCAAAGGUGAAAAAGUACUACAAUCAACAUUUAAAAAGCAUCCCUUUGCAACCAGGAGAUCGAAUACUGGUCAGGAACCUCUCAGAACGUGGGGGUCCUGGUAAACUGCGAGCAUAUUGAGAAAACUGUAUCUACCGUAUUGUUAAAAAGAUAUGAGAUGGACCUGUGUAUCAAGUACAAGCUGAGACCUGAGACCGUAAUCUUCUAGUCUUCCACAGAAUUCUUCUUCUGUCAGUAAAUAACCUGGAGCUGGAACAAUAACAAAGUCAUAAAGAAAACCCGACUGGAAAAACACAAAGGAAAGAUCAAAUGUCACUUUAGGCAGCUGCUGGGCCAGAGUCUGAACAAUCUGUCGAGGAGGAAGAAAACUCUUUUUACUGGCAACGGGUACCUGUGUAUCAGUGGAGAACCACAGCUACUACUUAUGUACCAUGUCCCAUUCCCUGUUGCCAUCGCAACCUGUCAUGUACUAUUUGCCCACACCUGUGGGGACAUGUUAAGAGUAGUAAACAGUAAACUUAACAUGACUUGACGUGACAAAUAUUUAGUACAAGAUGCCAGAGUCAUCUCUUGAGGCAGGGGAGGUUACAAAACGUUAAAAGAGAGAAAAUAUCGCCCCUUCUUAGCCUAGGGCUGGCGCCGGUAACAUAUAAACCAAUUUUCAGGAACCGAAAGCAAACUUGGAAGUGCCCACAAGAGAAGGGGUUGGUUCAAACUGUUGUUCUCCUUGGACUGCGUAACAUUAAAAGUUCAAUAUGAUACUUGUUAAACUUCUGAUUCUGUCCUUAACUUUGUCAGCAGCAUGUGGAUUGAGAUGCUACUCAUGCACAGCGGCCGACCCCAAAUCCUGCAUGGACACCAAAGCCUGUGCUGCCCUCUUCAACCGUUGUUUCUCACUCAGAACGGAGGGCUAUGACAUCGUCACCAAGGGCUGCCAAACCAGUGCAUUGUGUGUUGGAGCCGUGAAAUGCUGUGAAGGGGAUCUGUGCAACAGCAGCACACCACCUGGAUCCAAUUCCCUUUUGAUCAUGCUGACUGCAGCUAUGUUCAUACUUUUCCUCUGAGAGCCUAAAAUUUGAGAUUUAAAAUGUUUUUCAUUGAUAUUUCAAAAAAUUAAAAGAGAAAUGGUGACAUUUUUCAAGUGACCCAUUCAAAUGAAAAUUAAGUUUUGGUGUUCUUAACAUAUUCUAGUCGCUUUUUUUCAUAAUGGACAACAUAAAUAAAAGAUUACAAUUGCUUUUCAGAGUAUAUUUUAUUCAAACUGUGAAGGAUCAAAAGCUGAUAAAGAAGUGUUCACUUAUUAUCAGUUUGGUCAACCUUCUAAUCAGUCAUAGAUGUCUACAGUAAACAUGAUGCUUACUUAAAUAUAGAAAAAACCUCCAAAACAAUGUAUGGAAUGGUAUUACACUGCCAAAGAUUAAAUAAAAAAGCCAAAUCUU